UGUAUGUCUUGUUGAUAAUGUCAUGGCACGGAAAUGCUAGAUAACUUCGUCUUCAUCAUCUUUUGUUUUUUCUUUUUCUUUUCCUUUUUUUUAAGGGUAAAGAUGGAGUGCUUAUUGGAAAUGUUAGACUGGUUUUUGAUUGUGGAUGUGGAAUUGUACGGUACCUGGGUGUAGGUUGAUUUAUUCUGCAAAACUGCAGUGUUGUCUUUUGGGGAUUUGAAAAUGCGAAAUUUGUUUUCUUUCCAUAGAUGGAAUUUUAUCAUAAAUAUGAUGUUAUAUAAUAUAUUAAGUGGCUUGUAGGAUAUUUACUAAAAAUAUAUUAGAUGGUAGAAUCAUAUUAUGCCAGUAGCGAUGAUUUAUGGGGUCGAGAUUAAGGAAAUCAAUGGUUUUUGAGUACUGGGUAGUUCACAGGCUACUAUUUGCAGCUUGAAAACCUUAACAGAGACUACAGAUGAGUAAUUCAGGUUCUUGGUUGCUCGUACCAUGCCAUAACCAACAAACCUUUAAAGGAAGUAUUGGAAAUAUAAAUACGUAUAUAGACACACGCACACACACAUUAAUUGCAGCAUGAAAUCCUUAACAGAGACUACAAAUGAAUAAUUUAGAUUCUCGGUUGCUCAUGUUAUGUCAUAACAAUCAAACCUUGUGUGGAAGCAUUGGAAUGUGUCUCCGUGUUUGUAUAUAGAGUUGGAGUUGGCUACAUAUGAGUAGAUCUCCACUCAGGUCAGGUUAGAUCUGCAUUGGACAAUAAAAAAUUCACAUUGAUGAUCUGAGCCAUUGGAUGUGAUCUACUAUCACUAAACUGCUUAAAAAUUAAAAAUCAUAUAAUUUAGAAACGCCUAGUCUAUGAAUCAAGUAAUAAAAUAUAUAAUUUAAUAUUAUUUAGACUGCUUAUUUUUUUGACUACUCGAUGCAUAGGCUAGAGGGCUCCAAAUCAUAUGAUUUUUUUAGUAUGUAAGCAAUUUAGAAGUAGUAGAUCACAUCCAACAGCUCGGGAUUGAUUGAUGUGGGAUUUCUAUCAUCCAAUCUAGAUAUAUCUAAAUCCGAGUGGAGAUUCACUUGAUUGCAGCCAAAUCUAGCUAAUACACACACAUAUAUUGUUGGGAGACACACUUUAUGUUAAUUCCUUGUAAAAAGAAAUAAUGAUUUUAAAAUCAAUGAUAGGGCAUCCAAAUUGAAGAUCCAAACCACUAAAUAUGAUAUAUACUAUACAUUUUUUUAGAAACCAAAAUUUUUAUAUCAUGGUGGUCUCUAAUCUAUGCAUCAAGACGGUACAAAAAUGAAUUGCAUCAAUUGCAUUGUUGUGGUAAAAUAUAUGAUACGGUGCAUAAAUUGAAAAUCCACUUUAUGGAUUGAUCUACAUAUCUUAAAACAUUGGUAAAUUUAAAUUCAGUAUAUUUUAAUUAUUAGAUCAUAGUAAAAUAUAGCAUCAUGCUACUAAAACCAUCCAUCUAAAUAACUACUGAUGAUUAGCCUAGAGACCAUCGGAACACAUGAAGUUUGAUUUUUAGAUAUUUUUGUAUAUUAGAUCAUGUUCAAUGAUCUGGAUCUUGAAUUCGGAUACUCCAUCAAUGAUUUUGAACUGUUAACUUCUUUUUUAAGGAAUUAAUGGAAAGUGUGGACUCUAUAUAUGGUAGCUGGCUUUUACUAGUUCUCUUGUUGGAAGCCAUUGUAUCAUGAUGAUCGUGCUAGUGUCAAGGUGGUUUUCAUUUGCAUCAUCUUUGAUGUAUGCUCCAUGCACCUUUUGUAUUAUGACUUAUCCACUCCUCACAAAGGAAGGCUCCCCAUAUCUUACUAAUGUUCUUCAUUCGACCAACCUCCUUUAGAGGGCUGUUAUGACAGAAAUUGCAAUGGUUUCUUAACUAGUUUUCACAUGCCAAAACUCUUGUUGGUGUUGGAAAUGAUAUUGAUAUAUCCAGUCGAGUUGGUCUGUUUCACCUCAUCACCAACAUUAUAUCUUGAGUGUUCAUGAAAUACAUGAGACUUCUCCUCCUUUCCUCAUUACUUUUCCAUCUUCUGUUGAGUAAUGUACUUACCUUCCAUUGUUAAGAUAUCAAACCUAAUGAUUGAUAUUCCUCACUCAAGGUGAGGAUGGUGCCUAGAGUAGUUUUUCUUUUUGGGGGGUCUUUUUCCUUUUAGUUUUUUCGCCAUCACUUUCUCCUGCAGAUUGAUCUAGUGAUUUCAAAUUCUUGGAUCUGUUCUCUUACAAAUAUGUGCCCUUAUUUACUUUCUGAAUUUAUCUAGCAUCUUUCUUUUCAACUACUUGUUGAAAAUUCUGGCUAGUGGUUUGUGGUGUAUUCUCCAAAAUGAUUUAGAACUCUACAUGUUUUCUCCUGUUUUGAUUUUCAAGAAUUCCUUAGCUCUGAAUUCAUUGGUGACACAUAUGCAUACCUAAGUUCUGCAUGAGUUCUUCAUUGUAACCAUUUGUGUCACAACUUAGUCCAUAACUUACUAGAAGUACCUUUCUAUUUUCCUUUCUUUUGCAAUGAAUUUCCAUGCAAAAUCAUGUCUUUUCUUAUCAUCAUUUUUCCUUAUGUUAAGAUUCAUUUUUGCAAAUUUGAUAUAUCCAAUGCUUGUAUAUCUCAAACCUUGACUCUUCCGGGAUAUUGGUAUUUGGCGUACAUUUUUCAUUUUUUAUCAGUCUACCUGUUUUAUAGAAAUUGUUAUGCACCUACCUUCAGUCACUCAUUGCCCAGUACUGUUUGUUUUCUGAGUUCUCUUAUGAUUCUUUGAAUUAGGGUCAUUCUCACAUCGUAUUUUAGAUCUCAAUAUUUUACCUCAAGAAGUAUCAAUUUGCUUCCUUCCUGGAUUACAAGGCAUUGGUUUCACUUUGUAUGCAAUGCACAUUUGUUGUUUACUCACCUUAGUGCAGUUUUCUGUAUCCAUUUUCCCUUCAUUUAUCAACUCUGGUAUAUUGCAAUGCUUCCCUUACAAGGACAUUUUGCAUCAUUUUCUUUCUCUAGAUCUUAGUAUAAAAAAUCGUUGCCACUUACCUCUUUUUCAUUGCCAAACCUGUUACUAUCAUAUUUAUCUUCAUCAUUCACCUAAGCAAUCUACUAAUGAAAGCUGGUACAUUCUGUCAAAACUCUAAUGUUAAUUCUAAAUUUCCUUGGCUGCUGCCCUAUUUUCAGGCCCAAUUAUUACAUCGUCCUCAUGUUCCAUGUGCAAUCCAAAGCUUCCUUUUAUGUAUUCCUCCAAUUCUUCUUGUGGUAUGUGCAGUAACUUCUGUAGUACUAAGCUCAAGUGCAACACUACUCAAUGUCCUUGCUAGUGUCUUGCAAAACUAUCUUUUACUUGUAACUGUGGUUAUCAGUUGAUGAUGGAGAAUAUAUAGAACUCAGGAUAUGCAAUACCCUCACACUUAGAUGGAUUUCAGGUAAGUCCUUGUUCAUGUGAUAUAUGAAAUUGGAGCCGUUUCAUCCCAAUGUUCCAGUUCAGUAGUUCCUUAAAAGGUAGUGAUUUCUAGAAUUAGCCUUUCAUCUCAUGGUAUGAGAAAUAAUGGAACUGCAGUAGACUGGUAGAGUGAUUGCUAACCUAAAUGAGAAAUGGAAAAAAGGAAAUGUUGCAUUUUCUGCUUGUUUGCUGUGUUAGGUUCAAUUAAUGCCGAGGCCUGAUCUAUCUUUAAUUAAUAUUUUCUGGGAAUCAAUAUUAUAUAAUUCUUCUUUUUGUUGGAUUUUUUUGGCUUUGUCAUUCUUGAAGGUUAAUGAUGGUCUUGAUGGGUAAAUAGAAGGUCACAGUUUGUGAAAAAUUUCAUAGUGUUUAUAUUUUAUCCUUCAAUGUCUAUUGCUAUGUUUGUGUUCAUUGUUUAGCAGCUACUAUUUCAUAAUGUCAAGUUGUCCACCUUACUACAUCUGAAUUUAUAUUAGUAAGUGCAACUCUCCAUUUAAAUUAGUCUUAUGGUCAUGGUUAUUACUUAAGUGGCAUAUCCUGUAUUAUGAUACAGAGUACAGGUUUUUCUGUUUCUAAUUUUGCAUGGCUUGUGUUCAAACUAGUCCAAUAUAUCAUACAACCAGCAUGUAUUAACACUGAUUAUGCAUUGCUGCCAUACUUCAAUGGAUUUCCAGGAUGAACAUAGGUGUGAUGGCAUUCAUAUAUACAAUUAGGAUUGUCUCCACGUUUAGUCAGCAGUUCUUUGCUGGGACUCCAAAACAUUUUUUAGACAUGCAUGAGAACUUGAGGAGUUCAACAUAUCACCCUUAGAAGACCAAUUUUGAUAAUAUUUUUUCUAUGUUACAUAAUAUGGUGUUCAUGGAGCUCUGAAACAUCUAUUGGAUAUGCAUGAAAAAUUAAAUGUAACACAUGUAGACCAACCGCGAAAAAAGUAUCUUCCCAUGCUAAAUGGCUGCAGAGCCAUAGUCAUAGUUCUUUUACAUCAGAUCUGUAAUUCUCAGAUUUGCUGAUAUAGUUGAAACUUCCUUGCUUAAUUGCUUAUUAAGAUGUCCUCCAUUAUUUGCAAAAUCAGAUUAGUUAUAAUAGCUGCUCUUUUGCUAUCUUAUGAACUUUAUGAGUCAUGCUGCAUGUAUGAUCAGCAAGAUUUUCCAGCUUUUCAUUUCUGUAUUUUUUGUAUAUUUCUUACCUGAUGGCAUGCCGUGCUUCUCUUUUUUUGCCUAAAGUUACUCCUCUCAGAUUCUUAUACAUCUGUAUGUGUAGGAAGCUUAAAUGUCUCACGAAUAGAAGGCAAUGGCCAGUCCAAGUCCAUCACCAAAGAUUGCAAACCCAGAAUCAUCAAAAUCUAAUGGGGCAAUAUCCACUUCAAACAUGGAGCAACCUCAAGCACCUAACCAGCAAAGUGGGGCAUCGCAUGGUCCUGUGGCUAUCCUCUGGGACAUCGAGAACUGUCCAGUUCCAGGUGGUGUUCGCCCUGAAGAUGUUGCAGGCAACAUCCGAAUGGCAUUACGGGUGCAUCCAGUCAUCAAAGGAGCUGUAACAAUGUUCUCUGCUUAUGGGGAUUUCAAUGCCUUUCCUCGAAGGCUGAGAGAGGGCUGUCAGAGAACUGGUGUUAAGCUCGUAGAUGUUCCAAAUGGUAGAAAAGAUGCUGCUGACAAGGCUAUCUUGGUCGACAUGUUUCUGUUUGCUCUAGAUAACCGACCACCCUCAUCAAUUAUGUUGAUAUCAGGUGAUGUGGACUUUGCUCCAGCCUUGCAUAUACUUGGUCAACGUGGGUACACUAUCAUCCUUGUCAUCCCUUCUGGAGUGGGUGUUUCGUCCGCUUUGAGCAAUGCAGGGCGGUUUGUAUGGGACUGGCCCAGCGUAGCCCAUGGUGAAGGUUUUGUUCCUCCAAAAAGUUUUAUGCGCGGUGGGCCUGAUCUUGCUGGCUAUCUCAUGAACUGUAGUAUGGGGGACAACACUGACUGUCAGAAUGAAGAAGAAGCCAUUGUUUAUAGAGGAAUUUCUCAAAGUGAAUAUGCUGCCCGAGCUAACAUCAACCAGCUAUAUGGCUACAACUCUCCCCAUGUCUCGAGGGAACUUUCUAGAGUCCCCCAUUCUUUCUCAGACUACAGCAGUAAUAACCUAAUAGCUGGGCCUUAUUUAACUUCUUCAAAGUGUCAAAGUCUACCAUCUGGUUUAAGUGAAGGUCCAGUAGGGGAUCAGAAUAGUUUGCAAGAAACGACAUGGUGGGUUCGGCCAGGAGAUGUUCAGGGUUUGAAGGGUCAGCUAGUGAGGCUGCUUGAAAUGUCUGGUGGAAGUUUGCCUCUUGUACGUGUUCCUUCAGAGUAUCUUAAAAUCUUUGGACGGCCGCUGUACAUGGCAGAGUAUGGAGUGUAUAAGCUGGUGCACCUCUUUAAGAAGAUGACUGAUGCUUUGGUCGUGGUAGGGAAGGGGCACAAGAAACUGCUCUGCCUCCGUAACUCGGCUGACAGGCAUAUGAAAAAGUGCCCGAGUACCCCAGUCAUUUUGAAGAGGGAUAAAAAGGGAAAAGGAGUUAUGGAAGAAAAUGUGGAUGUUGGUGUAUGUCCUCAUAUAGGUAGCUCCUCCGAUGAAUUCUCAGAUGAUGAGAGGAAUGUUGACACUGUUUUCGGUGCCGCAUAUGACUUCAAUUACCAUCUUGAAAGUUUCAGACAGGAAGUGCAAGAGCUUCUUGUUUGUUACUCCUGUCCAGUUCCCCUUAGUAAUUUUGAGGCUCUGUACGACCAGCGGUACAAGAAAGCUCUUGACUACCAGAGUUUUGGAGUGGAUGGGCUGGAGGAACUGAUUGAGAAGGUGAGAGAUGUUGUACAAUUGCGUGAAGAUCAGGGUAGCAAAAGGAAGUUCCUUGUACUCAGCUGCAUAACUGGAUAAGUUUUUCAGGUUAUGGUGUUGGAAGGAAUUCAUAUGAAGGUAUCUUCUUUUUGCUUGCAACAGAGUUUCAAGACUUAUCAAGGUGAUUCAUUGCAAUCACAUUUCAAAAUGUUGGGCAAGUGAGUUCUUAAAUAGGUAAUGCUUUCUUGGGGGAAUGUUUCUUAUAAGAGUUAUAAGACAGUAAGGAUGUUUGAGCUGCUUCUUUGCAAUUAUAAAUCCUUUUUUUAAAUACAUUUUAAU